AUGCAGGCCGCACUCGUCAGAUGCCUCCUGGGGGUCCCUGCACUCCACACCAGCGUCUGUUGGGUCUUCAGGUUCGAUGACUGGCAAACUGUGCGCGCAUGGCGAUGCGCGAUUCUGCCAGGGGCCCCUCUCCUCAGAGCAGAGGCUCGGAAGAGGAGGGAGGCAUUCAUGCCGCUCUUCGCACUCACAACCCCUGAGGCAUGUCCCAGCAAUGGAGUUGGAGCUGACGCUGUGUUACAAUCGUACAUUCUUGCGAAUACUUUGGCUGAUGAUAUCUGA